GCACAUAUUUAAGAUUCGCUUUUGGAAGGACAGAGAGUAGUUUUCUAUCGCCGAUGUUUCUGAGCGGCGGUGAUCAGUAAUAAUAGCUGUUUGGUUUCAGUAAAUAAAGAAGUUUCAAGUUAAGGUACCGUGCAGGACUGAUAGGGACGGGUAUCUAGAAUGAGAGUCUCCGUGGUUGCUCUGCUCUGCCUGCUGGCUUGGUCUGGGUGGGUCUCGGGCUAUGCCGUGGACAAGCGGUCAGCCGGUGACGGCAGGGCCGCGACCAAGAAAGGCGAACCUGCAGAGGCUGAAGUAAGCGCAGGAACCUUCCAGUCAGACAUGAAACUUGGUGUGUAUGAAAACGAAGUCAAAGAGAGAAUCCAAGACGCCAAGACGGGGCGACAGAGGCGUAAGGCCAUGGCCAACACCAACUUCCGCUGGCCUAAUGGCAUCAUUCCUUACGUCAUCACGGAUUCCUCAGCUGGCGAUAGCUCAGCCAUCGAGAAUGCAAUGGACUUAUGGGAGUCUCAGACAUGCAUCACAUUUGUGCCGUACAGCAGUGACCUAGGGCUGGGACAUCAGGACUACAUCAGCUUCAUGAAGGGAGAUGGAUGUUGGAGUUAUAUUGGCAAGCAAGGUACUGGGGCCCAGGAUAUCUCCAUUGGGUCAGGCUGCACCGUGCUCGGCACAGCAGCCCACGAGAUAGCGCACGCGAUGGGGUUCCACCACGAACAGUCCCGAUCGGACAGGGAUGACUACGUGGCCAUCCUGUACGAGAACGUCCGCAAGGGUCUGGCGGAGAACUUUGACAAGUACGAGGCGGACACGGAAAGCUUGACUCACGGUCUGCCGUACGACCCGACCUCCGUUAUGCACUAUAAUACACGGUAUUUCUCGUCCAACGGGCAACCGACAAUCACCACGAAAAAUGUCCUGGAUCAGUUUGACCUCGGCCAGCGCAACUACCUCUCCUUCUACGACGUCUAUCUUGCUAAUAUCAUCUACGAAUGCAUAUUUGACUGCAGCGAUAGUUUGUCUUGCAAGAACGGCGGCUUCGAGGCGAUGAUAGCGGGCACCUGCAAAUGCACCUGCCCGCCAGGGUACACCGGCGCCCAGUGCGAAGUAGACAACUCGGCCUCCCUGUCCAAGUGUCGCUACGAGCUGACCGAGGCUGGCGGCUCCAUCAAGUCGCCCAACUAUCCCUCCAAUUACGAUAAUGGACUGACGUGCGCCUGGUAUAUCAAGGGGAAGCCAGGAUCCACCAUCACGCUCACUUUUGAAUUCAUGGAUGUUGAGGAUGAUGUAGCAUGCGCUUGGGAUUCUGUGGCCGUUCGCACCACCAGCAUGUUCGCUGACGACCAGAAGUUCUGCGGGACGACUCUUCCACCCGUCCAGGUAUCAUCAUCCAAUGAGAUGAUGGUCGUCUUGACAACGGACGUGUCGUACGCCUGUCGGGGCUUCGCAGCCAAUUACGUCAUCGACGAACCAUCGGGCUCUGCAUCAUGUAGCGGAGCUUGUGGCGGAACCUUGAAGGAUUCAGGCUGCCUCACCUCACCGAACUACCCCAGUAACUAUGACAACAGCGUAGACUGUACCUGGACAAUUGAGGUUGCCGAGGGUUCUCGCGUGGCUUUGGACAUCACCGCGUUGGACGUCGGCUCCCCGGGAACGAAGUGCUUGGACGACGCCCUGCAAAUCAGCUUGACCGGUGGCGACGCCACACAGGUCCGAUCGCUCAAGGUUUGUGGCACUGACCUGCCAAGUGGUCCCAUCGUCUCCCUGGGCAACAAGAUGACGCUCCGAUUCAAAACAGACGAGAGCUACCAAAGCAGCGGGUUCGAGGCCUCCUUCCGGACGCUGACCACCUAGGUUUCAUGCAGCCCCUGGCACGGUGGAGUGGGUUCAGAGCAAUCUGAUUGGAAAAAAAUAGGAAAUGGCGCAAUAAUAUUAAUUUUGCAUUUCCCAUUUUGAAUUUUGAACUGGACAAUUGGAAUGUUAUACGACAAGAAUUAAUUAUCGUAAAAGGAAGUAGGCUUAACAUCAUUUACAGUUUUAAAGAUAUUAAAGGGAAGAUACAACAUUUGCAAGCAUCAAAAAACGAAAUGAUCAAAUUAUCACGAAAUACCUUACUGG